UUUACUACUGCACAAGGGUUUAUGGGCAUUGGACCAGCGGCAAUGGCGGUUGAAGAUAGGGUGGUGAUUCUAUAUGGCAGUAUCGUACCUUUGAUCUUGCGACGUUGUGAAAGCAGCGGAAAUUUCAAGCUUGUAGGAGAAUGUUAUGUUCAUGGAAUAAUGGAAGGAGAGGCA